AUGGCAAUUUUUAGAAGUGCCUCCAAGAGCAAGGCUCCACAGUACACGUCCCAGACUGGGGACCAUGAUGUGAAGAUGGACUCAUCCAAUAUCCAUGAUCCCAUUUUGACUGCGGUCAACGAGGCACAGCCUUUCGAAGAAGCUAAUGCCAACUUUACCAACAACAGAAGACCUUCCUACUUGUCGCAAGACUCUGCAGACCUCAAGGAUAUCUUUGGGCAACGGAUCCGUAACGCGGACAUGCUGAACCCUACCAGAAACAGAAAUGAACGUCCCUUGGAUACCAUUCGAGGGUUUGAGUAUGCUAUUACAGGAGACUUGAGCUAUCGUGAGCAACUUGAGUCCAAUAGACUAGGUUGGGGGUUCCACGAGGACUUUCCUCACUACAGCUUGAGUGGACAGGAAGAAACUACUGGACCAGACAAUCAAGGAUACUCACGUCCUGUUGCCUCUUUUGGAGGAGGAGACCAGCCAAUUUACCAGGCCGCAAAUUAUAGUGCUUCGUCGUUGAAUCCUGAUCAGAAGAAAAAGAAGAAGGGAUUGUUUGGACGCAAGAAGAAGUAA